AUGGAGACCAACGGUGAUAGUGAUUUCGCAUGUGAAGGCGUUUGUGAGACGGAUAUAUCAAGGGUCGACGACAAUGUGGUGUUACCAUCUUCGGCUUUCAAAAAGAAGAGUCGUAAUGAGCUAGCGGCGCGUUUGUUGCUUCAGAUGCAUUUUUUAGAUGAAGAGCAGGCUUUCUUACUUGACGGAUGUGGCGGAGAUAGUGACAGUGCUAGCAGUAAUUUAUUAAAAGAAUGUAAGAAAAAGAUGGAGUUGUUCUUGCCGACACUUAAAGCUGGUGAAACAAGUUUUUUUCCUGUAAUUGUUGAGUCUUUGCUUGGUGACAAUUUGAGUGAAGAAGUUUAUGGAACUUUUCAACCCAACGUGGAACCAGUCAAGCAAACGACGGAACUGCAGCCCAUUUCGAUAAAAGUGGAGGACGUUCCGGAUUUGCCAAGUACUUCAUUUGCGGGUCAACAGCCGUCUACGUCUUCUGCUCUCACUGCGUCACAGUCUGCGCUUUCCCUGUCAGCAGUUACUUCACAGGCUACUCCGCGGGGAUCAAUCGCUACAGGUGUUGAAUCGAAUGUUGAACGAGCAGCGAAACAGGAAGCCCAAGUACUUUCUCGUAUACAAGAGCUCAGAAGGCAAGGAAUGUGGACCGCUUCUCGAUUACCGAUGAUAGAGAUGCCUCCUCGAAAUAAAACCCACUGGGAUUUUCUUUUAGAAGAGGUUGUUUGGAUGGCUGCAGAUUUUCGUCAGGAAAGGCAUUUUAAAAGAAAUGCUGCAAAGAAGUUUGCUGUACAAGUUGCGAAGGUUGUUAGAGAAAAAGCAAUGGAGGCGGAUCGUGCUGCUGAGCGCGCGGUCAAAGAAGCGAAGCGAGUUUGUGGUCUCAUUGCAAAAAUGGUUCGAGAUUUCUGGCAAAAUGUUGAUAAAGUCGUCGAAAUACGUGUGCAAGAGGUAAUGGAUGCUAUGAAGAGAAAGGCGUUAGACCAACAGCUGGAGCUGAUGGUUGGGCACGCUGAUAAACUGAGUGUUAUGGUUCAGGAAGGACUACAGGCGGAAAAAUCUGAAGAUGGUUCUUCAUCCAGCGUUAGCAGUGAGGAAGAUGAAGGUGAUGAAGAGUUUGAUUACGAAUCCGAAUCUGAUGAUGAAACCACCAUAGCGAAGGCAGAAGAAUUUAUGGGUGACGUGGAUGAUGAAGUUGCACAAUUGGAAAAAGAAAGUGAUAUGAAUCUGGAUGAUUUGCUUGAGUCGAUACCAGCGGGGUACUGGGAUAGCAUAAAAGACUCUUUACCUUCUACUUCGAAAGCAGAAUCUGUGGAAAAUGGAGUUCCCUCUGACAACCGUUACAUCCAGAACAGCGGGAUAGAGGAGGAAGAAGAUGAGGAUGAAGUUUUGUCGCCAUCAAGAAAUGAAGCUGUUGCGUCAGACAAGCAAGAGGACUCUACUGUGGUGCAGCUUGAUGAAAGUACUCAGGAACCACAGAAUAAGAAAAAGAAGGUAGCCGGAGGCGACAUGGCGAAGAAUGCUUCAGCGCCUGGUAGUCCACAACAUUCGAUGUCAUCGAAAAGCGAAGCUAUUACUAGAAGUAAUUCUGCCAUGUCGCUCAAAGAAGAGAGGGAGUCUUUUCUGCCUUUAUCGGAAGAAUGUUCUUCCGAAGCCCUUGUUGGUGUUGACUACGUGAAGUUAACGUCUGAGAAUAGUGAAGAAAGGCAGAAAGAAUUGAAUAAUUUUGCUGAAGAGGCUCAGAAGUUUCAACCAAAAGGAUAUACAUUGGAAACAACGCAAGUGAAAACUGCUGUGCCACCAUUAAUUCGGGGCACUUUGCGAGAGUAUCAAAUGGUCGGUUUGGAUUGGUUAGUAACGUUAUACGAGAAGGGGUUGAACGGGAUACUUGCGGAUGAAAUGGGUUUAGGGAAGACGAUUCAAACUAUAGCAUUGCUUGCGCACUUGGCUUGUAAAGAAGCUAACUGGGGCCCUCAUCUUAUAGUUGUUCCCACUUCUGUUAUCUUGAAUUGGGAAAUGGAGUUAAAGAAAUGGUGCCCUGCUUUUAAAAUUUUGACGUAUUUUGCUCGACGGAGGUUAUUACUGACUGGAACUCCGUUACAAAAUUCACUGAUGGAAUUGUGGUCGUUGAUGCAUUUUUUGAUGCCGGCCAUAUUUGCUUCACACAACGAUUUUAAGGAUUGGUUUAGUAAUCCACUUACAGAUAUGAUGGAAGGGAACGUGAAAUGGAACAGUGAUCUGGUGCAAAGGCUACAUAAAGUUUUAAGACCGUUUAUACUGCGACGACUUAAAGCGGAUGUAGAGAAACAGUUACCUGAAAAAAUUGAAAAAGUGAUUAAAUGCCCUUUGUCAAAAAGGCAGAGAUAUCUUUAUGAUGACUUCAUGGCUCAGCGGACGACUAGGGAAAAGUUACGGUCCGGGAGCGUCAUGUCUGUUUUAAAUAUAGUAAUGCAAUUGCGAAAAUGCUGUAACCAUCCGAACUUGUUUGAGCCCCGUCCAAUCAAUUCCCCAUUUGUGAUGCAGCCGUUAAACAUUGCGUACCCUGCUCAACUGUUCAGUGUCUAUAGAAGUUUUUCCGAAGAUGACACAGCUCCUCGAGUACCGUACUUUCUGCGCCUAACUUCCUGUAUGGUUGGCUCAUCCUUUGCGCGUAGUGAAAGUGCAAAUUUGACUGUUACAAAAAAUUAUUUGGAUGAAGUUCUUUUGUAUGCUGACUCACCACUGCUACCCAAAGUUGAUGGUUUCAAAUUUGUUCGCUCUCCUCCGACCUUAAUCUAUAACUUUUCAGAGGGUGAUCUCUAUCUUUCAUUUGUGAACGGUACUCCGCGUUUUUACCAGCUGGUCACUACUAGUUCUGGUGAAAAGACUAUAAAGGAGUGUGAUGUUCGGGACGUGCGCGGCACAGGAAUACCACCGGCAGUUAGCGUUCUGCCGAACAUUCACAGCCCUUGUAUAUCACAUCCGGUAACGCCGAAAGCGGAACCUGUUAUUGCAUAUGCAGAAGCUUCUGGUAAUCAGACAACUGGUUGUACGAGUGAAAAAGAAGUGGUUUCGGAACCUGAGACUUCUGGGCAAUCGGAUCCAAAGGAGGAUUCUUUGAAACCGAAACCACAAACGUUGAAUGCCGCUUCAACAGUUACUCGUGCUGGACGAGUUGUAACAUUACAUCCGGCGUUGAGGACGGCUACCAUUUUUGGAAAUCGUCGUCGACCAGCUUCGUCAUGUAGACAAGAUAUCAAACCAAAUAAUAACGGGUUGUCGUCUAAUGUUCCACGUUUACCAGUUGGUGCUACAAUUCCAUUUCAGCCGAUUAAUGCUGCCCCUGUUCGCGCUACAGCUGCAGUCCAACCUCUUAGGACUAGCCUACCUGUCUCUUCCCCUUCAACUAACGUUUCACUUGCAAAUGGCAUAUUACCCUACUUACCGUCUUCUCCCUUGCCGAAACGUCGAAGAAUCGCUACUAGAGUUGAUAGACAACCAUAUGCUGAAUUGUUAUUGCCACAAACAAGGGACGCUUUAAAAAAGAGGCAGGAGGAGCGUAUUCAAUACACUGCUUGUCUUUGCGAAGAACGCCUUAGGUCGCCUUUCGCUCGUCAUACUCCUUUGGUGUCGGACGAGUUGCUCUCUGUCCUUUUGAGAGAAGUAAAGAAGAAGCGGAAAGUAUCAAAAAGUGAUGCUGGUAAGUUGACAGUGAUCUUCACGAUAUCUUUGGAAGACCUGGCAUUCUUGCAGAGUCGACUGAAUGAGGAAAUUGAUUACAUUGUGAGGAGGUUUACUAUCUAUGUACACCCUGCAGUUGCGAGCGCUCCCGUGGUUGGUGCUUCAAGUUCAGGCCGCUCAGCCUACUCUCGUUUUUUGGAAACUGAGCUGGCUUGUUAUGAAAGGAAGUUAUUUGGUAGUUUUCAUCCAUUAGCAGCAUCUGUUAUGGUUGCUCAGCACCUCAUGUUUCCUGAGUUGCGCUUAAUUGAAUAUGACUGCGGAAAACUGCAAGUGCUGAGUUGUCUUUUACGUGAGCUUUAUUUGUACAAACAUCGUUGCUUAAUCUUUACUCAGAUGUCUCGUAUGUUGGAUGUUCUUCAAGCAUUUCUUUCUUUUCAUGGGUAUCAGUAUUUUCGCCUCGAUGGUGCCACUGGCAUUGAACAAAGACAGGCAAUGAUGGAGAGGUUCAAUGCCGACCCUAAAAUUUUUUGCUUCAUUUUAUCUACACGUUCUGGCGGGAUUGGUGUGAAUCUGACAGGAGCUGACACCGUUAUCUUUUACGAUUCCGAUUGGAAUCCAACAAUGGAUGCUCAAGCUCAGGACCGCUGUCACAGAAUAGGCCAGACGAGGAAUGUGACUAUUUAUCGCUUAGUCAGCGAAAGGACAAUUGAAGAAAAUAUUCUUCGAAAAGCUAUGCAAAAAAGACGCUUGGGUGAAUUGGCAAUUGACGAGGCAGGCUUCACUCCGGAUUUCUUCAAGGGUGAUAAUGUUAGAGAUCUUUUUGAAGGUGAAGCGGAUGUUGUUGCUCCGAUAAGUGUGAAAGAUUCGUCAGAAAUCGAAAAGGCUAUGGCAACACUCGAAGACGUGCAGGAUGUUGCAGCUGCUCGGCGUGCUCAUGCUGAGGCAAAGGCUGAACUUGCUGAGUUUGAGGAGAGUCAGCAGGCAGCAAAUGACAACUUAAUUGAGAAAUCGAACUCGAAAUAUUUCGAAAUUAUAGACCAUUUGAAACCAAUUGAGCGUUAUGCGGUUAAUUUCUUAGAGGCAGAAUAUAAACCAGAUCUUGACGAGGAAGUCAAGGAGGCUGAGGCAAAAUUGGCGUCGAAGAAAGAUGAGUGGAUGAAGGCCCAGGAAGAGGCUAUGGAGGAACCUGUAGUUGAAGAAGAUGACGAAUUCGAUUUAACAUAUGCAAACGGCUUCGGAGGUUCAUUAGAUGAGGUACGCAAAAAAAAGUCUCCUCUACCACGUAAUGUCCCAUCGCCACAGAAAAUUUUAACACGAAGUAAUGGUGUAACUUUACGGCGCCGGAUGGUUUGCUGGGAAUAUCCUGGUGAUGGUCACAUGCCGAUAUGGAUGCCACCUUCACCUCCUGUCUCAGAUUCAGAAUCUGAUUUCUACUGUGAUCCUUGUGGAGAAGGCUGGUAUGAACAAGAGCCGAUGUGUGAAUCUCGCCUGCCUUCAACAAUUCAUGAACUUCAUCGUCCACGCCCUAUUGCAAACCCUCCUGUCUCUCUCCCACCGCCGACAGUGCCUCCGGCUCCUGCAGUUGAAAAUGCUUCUGUUAUACCUAUGGAGCCGGUGGAGCCGAUGCUCUCUUCUACCGCUGUAUCUGACGCGGCACCUGCUACAACGAGCAAGGUGAGUACGCCUAGCAUAGUCGAGGCAGUAACUCCUCAGAAAUCCUCUUUCAAUGCUGCCCCAAAUUCCGAGAAGGAACGCAUAAAUGUUGUUCCACAGACUGGUGUUACCACUGGAGCGCCUUAUCUAGACACUUCAAAUCUCUUACGUCCACCAACACCAUCGCAUGGUUUGAACUCUGUGGAUGGUCAGCAUGGAAUUAGAUAUGCUAUUGAUAGUGUGAGACGGUCUCACAAAGUAGCCACUCCGAGGCAUUCGCAUCCAAGCUCCAAGAACACGUGUACUGAGACCAGGAGCACAAAGAAUGAGAUGCUUCGGCCGUUUACUCCUCCACCGAGAGUCAAUGAAGCUAGCGAUUAUGAGGGCCCUGAAUGGUCUAUCAUUGAGGAUCGUGCCUUACUUAUGGCAGUGACUAUUGAUCAGAGGUUGCCGUACCAUUUGCAUUCGUCGAAAUCCGGUCACAUGACUAAUUGGGAAUACAUCUCUGCUAUUUUAAUGCGAAUGAUUGUAAUACCAAGAGAGGAAGGUCGUACUAUUGCAUUGGAUCCAAUAACGAAGAAAACUAAGAAAAUAACUGUUUCUAGCGUAGAACUUUCUCACAUGAAACGCGGAAAUACUAAAACAGAACAGCAGUAUGCUUCAGAUGCUGUUAAACUCCUUUCUACUCAGACUCUGCAGAAAUUCUAUGCUUGUAAGAACAUUGUUACGAGAAACUCUUCGAGGUCUCAUUUCCCAAGUAAGAACGUUUCUUUGCUUAUAGAUUGUUGGAUGAGUUACUACCAGCCACUGACCUCAACAGAUGGUCGUCCUACAGCACCACAAGAGUUGAAACUUGCUGAGUGUGGUGUUCGUUACCAUAAUAUUACGUAUCCAGCUGAACUUCUAGAAUAUCAGAAAGAGACAAGGUUAAAAGUACGUGAGCAGGACAAAGAAAAACAAAGAGUUAAGGAAGAAGAAGAUCGACAGAAGGAGGCAACAAUCGCUAGAGAGCAGAGUGAACGUGAGCAGAAAGUAGAAAAAAGAGAGUCUAUUUUCUCAUCUUUGCCUGGAAUGAUAAAAUAUCAACGUGCAAGCAUGGCAUUUAUGGAACAGACACCUCCACACACGUCAAUUCCGAUCUGUCCUCCUACUUCUACGCCCUACACGGCGACGGGACUUCGAACGACCGGAAAUAUUUCACAUCCAAUGCAAAUGGCCGCAUCGACUAGUGGGAUGACCGCUGUUGGAAACACGACAGAUAUGUCACAAGUAGUUGUGGGACAAAGGACUUAUGCGGAACAUCAGUCUAGCCCAGUAAGCAGUUUGACGCCUGCUCAUCAUGGCGGAACCCGUCGUGUGACCAUACCGUCAGGCUCACUGCAGUCGAGCCAACAUCAAAUUGUGAUGAGCGGAGGAACUCAGAUAGUCCAGAGCAGUGGACAACCAUAUACUGUUGUUGUAUCUCAGGAUAAUGUUUUAUCGAGUAAUGGUCAACCUGCAAAUGCUCGAAUACAAUAUAGUAGUCGCCCUGAUGGGGUAGUUGAACAAAGGCAAGCAGUUUAUAGAACCGUUGCCUUAGCUCCCCAAAAGCGUACACCGUCAUCCAGUCCUGUUCAACGUGUAGGGUUAAAUACAGCGUAUUCUACUUCUGGUACAUCGGCUUCAAGCCAACUGUAUACUUCAUCGGGGCGUACGGUUAUUGUCUCUACUCAAGGGAAUGAAAUUCCUGCUAUAAAUGAUCAACCGCAGUUACAGACAAUGCGUCCACAAGUACAAUCGGUUGUUUCUGCAGGGCAAAGGCAAGAAAUUCGCCCUAAAAGAACGCCAAGUCGGGUUUUUAUCACUCAGACUGGUGCUGGCACGGACAAUAGGUCGUACAAACUUCCGCAAGGUACGGUUCGCAUGCUUCCCACUGGGCAAAGAAUUACACAGAAACGGUCGGGAGGUGUUUUACCUAGCAGAUCUCUUAAUACUCAGCCUCAGGUUACAAUGACUGUCCGCAGUGGAAUGCAACCUGUUGUUGGCAUUACAAGAAGUGUUAGCGGUGGCUAUCAGGGUGGAAGGAUGCCAUCAAUUGGUGUAAUUAUGGGAAGUGGUAGUGGUAGAAGCAGUGAGUCUCUUGGUGGUACAGGCACAUCGAGACAGAUUCCUGCACCUUCGUCUAUGAGUGGACAAGUUGUUACGACGGGCAGCGGUGUGUCUAUGUCGCGACAGUACACUGUUAGCUCCCAAGGGCAAAUUGCACGACAGCUGCCAGCAUUGUCUAGUCAACCUACUGUUUCUUCAUCGACGACACUCCGUGCAGUUCCGGCUUCUAUUGUGGCAUCCGACCACUAUGGAAAUAUUACAGUUCAACAAGCCCAACCGUUGCCGCCUAUAUCGCUUUCAAGCCAUUCCAGUUCUCAAAGAUUAAAUCCUCCUACACCUCGACAGUCAAGUUCUUUACCAAACACUGUCCCCUCUUCACCGAUGCAGCCACAUACUCCUAACAGUCAGUGUACAGAUUCACUCCCUACCACUUCGUCUGGAGCCACGCCACUUCAGUGA